AUGCAUGUCCAGCCUGCCAGCCCAGUGCCCACCUGUGCCCACAGCUGUCUCGAAUUUCCAAUCGACAGCAAUCGAACGCGCUUCCGAUCAACUUCCCGGCGAGAAAACGAUCGACGAGCCUCCUUCCGCAUACUGGUCUGGCCGAGUUCAACACCAAGCUCGAUCGCAAGGGAGCCGAUGGCCUCCACAGCACUGAAAUCAGUCAGCUCGACGACAUGUUCGGCGUGUUAUCGGCGACUGACACGGACUGCACCGGGUUCGACGCGACGAGUUACGCGCUUCGUCACGCCCACCUCGACCGGGGACUGGACCAGACUGCAUUCUUAUUCGACUUCGAGUACGGCGCCCUCGUCCGAUACUACGACCCCGCCCGCAUCUACAUUACCCUCUUCGUCGUCCACCACCACCUCGCCCUCCACUCCCCGACAUCCGAAUGCCUCCCAAACCGCUCAACGUCAACUCAAUUCCCUCUUGGCGACCUUGGACAACUUGGCUCGCAAGCAAUCCGCUUCAGUCAAGGAAACGAUCCGAGCCUGGGAACUCGAGAGAAGGUUGCGGGACGUGGGGGGCAAGAUCAAUGCUGCGACGGGGUACGUGGAGAUCGAUCUGCUUAGGAAGGGGGUCGUCGAAAGAGGUCGGUCAAGCUGAGGUUAAAGCCCCACUUUUGGCGCGGAGCGACCGGCUGACACCUUUUUACCUCACCGUUGUUCUUUGAUGGGCACAGAGAAAGCUCUCAAUGCAGCUCGAGAGGUCGCUGGAUUGAGUAAACAGGCGUUCGCAGCCGCUGUCGCCGUCCGGGCAGCGAGUCAGAAGGAGGUCAACGAUCUCCUGCAGAGAAAGCAUUCAUGGACUUCGGCCGACGUCAUGAGGUGGCUCAGCUUGCUUCACUGCAAUAGAUUUGUGGUCCACAUCACUCAUGCUAUCAUCUGCACCGCAGGUUCACCGAGCUGAUUCAGCAAGAUCACGAGAACGAACAAGCCGAAGCCAAAGCAAGGGUCGCAGCAGAGAAGACCGAGCAAGAGGUCGAAUCGGGAUUUUCCGGUGCGUCGAUCGAGGAUUAUUUAUGUUUCAAGCACCUCAUUAACAGCAGUCCGUAUCGAUGGCACCAGAGCUGAUGCAGGCGAUCCUGGAGAGGUACCACGAGGAGCAGGUUUGGUCCGACAAGGUGGGUUCCUCCGCAGGGUGCUUGACACCCAGGAGCAAGUCUCAUUUCAGCCGCUUCUCGUCACAGAUCCGAUCUUUGUCGACCUAUGGGUCUCUUGGGAUCACAUCGCUCAACGUACUGCUGUUCAUCGUCACGAUCCUCUUGGUCGAACCGUGGAAGCGGCGGCGGUUGGUCGAAGGCGUCGAAGCCCGGUGAGUGCAGCGAGUUUGGUCGAGUCUGCGAUCGAUCAGUGUGUUGACUGUGCCUUGCGCUCACAAGGUUGAGAGAGAACGCAAGCGAGGGCCAAGAAGCGACGAUGGCCUCGCUCGUGUCUCUUCAAUCGCUUUUGACGGAUGCUCAAGAAAAACUCGAUCGACUCGUCACUUCGACGACGUCUGCUCCUUCGCACCCUAAUGCACCUACAGCAAUUCCUUCAGCCCUCUCCCCACCUUCGCCUACUCUCGACGACUCCGAACUGCCCAACUACGAAGAAGCCGUCCUCUCCUCCCCCGACGGAAGCCCCUUCGAGAACUCUGACCCCGAGCAAACAUCACCUACGAUUUCUGGCACCUGGUCAUGGUAUCGAGAGUACGCUUUGCAAGAGCCAGAUUUAAGAAUGCUCGCUUUUGGAGGUGUCGGUGUGGCUGUGGGUAUUUGUGUUUCGGCUGUUGCGGCUCUGUUGUCGAGAUAG